CACAACUCUUUUCCCUUUUUGUUUCUUUUUCUCUCUGUCUCCAUAAGUGCUUCAUGUGGCUCAACCCGCCCAAGCGCUUGAUAGGUGGCAACAAACAGUGGACUACUAUAGCCCACUCCGACAACUUAUGCGUGCAAGCCAGUCCUCAGGGACGACCUCGUAGUAUCUAUCGCCUAGUCACUCGACGCUACCCAAACUACAAGUUGUCUGAAUCGUAUGAUCAAGAAACCAUAUACCAAGCUUUUACUUUGGUAGCUGAACAGCUGAGGGAGCUAGAUGGAAAAGUCACCUCAAAAAGGAUAGCUAAGCACGUUCACCAGCUGCUGUUGCAAAAUAACAAGCUUUUCAGUCUUACAUCGUCUUCGACUGCUGUGACAGACGAGGAUGAAUCUGACUAUGAAGCAAACGGAUCACCACUCGCGAUGCAAGGCUUAUCUGCUUCAGUAUCAUCAACGUCUUCGGACGAAACUCCUCAGCCUACAGCCACACCUGACUUGAUACCGAUAUCGACCAUCAAAACUCAGAUACACCAAACGGCCGCUGAAAUACCUAUAACGCCACCGGCCGAUAUUCAGCUUCCACCACUAGAGCUUCCAAGGAUUACCUCGCUAGAGUUGGUGGAGACACCUGAAGAAGUGGAUAUAGGCAAUAAUUUUUUGGAAAAUACCGCUUGGGUUGACCCGGACCUUAUGGCAGCAUUCAGUUACUUCUUUGAGGGUCCACAACUUGGGCGCAGUGGCGAAAGCGGCAACGUCAAACGAAAACGUAAAAGCGACGCUGAAAAAAAAAGAGACCCACAGUCUCUGCUGGACAUACCGUUUAUGUUUAUCUCUCUGUUAACCUACCCUGAAGUUCCACAAGAAGCGGAUAACGAUAAAGCACAGAAGAUACGGUUCACAGCUCUUCGCGAAAUAUCAUUCGUCAGGAACAGAAGACGGAUGCUACUUGGGAUUACCUUCUACUGUUUAUUCCUUCGUUUUUGUUCAUUCGAUUUCUUUCUUUUUGCCCUUUUUUGUACCAAUUGCGGAAUGCUAUACCUUAUGAAGAAGUCGGGCUCGGUCAACGUGACCAUGGCAAAACGUGCCGUCCGACAACGAAUUACGUGGGCGAGGCAGUGGACAGGACUUUUACUCAGCCGAAAUAACAACACUGAAAAGUCUAGUAGCAGCAAUAAGGAAAAAUCAAAAACUCUGCCGACAACAUUGCAACGGAAGCAAACAGCUUCGUCCAUUGGUUCAGUUGCCAUGCUGCGAACAAAUUCUAGCCCUGUGGAAGUCAGACCACCAACAUCUCCUGUGCCUACAGGUGCUAGCGGUAGCAGAUUUUCAUCCUUUGGAAAAGCACUGUUUCGACACAAAAGUAGUAAAGGAAACUCGAGCAUACCACCAUCUUCCGCUAAUCCUGAGACUUUGAAGGUGGACACCAGGAAGGUGAGCAGAAACAGCACUAUGAAAAGCCCUGAUGUGGACACGCCGCCCGCUGUUUCGCCCCCCAUCCAGAAAUCUCUGUCGGAUGCGUCGCUGCCGAAGUUGAUGGCCAGCCACUCUUUAGAUGAAAUUAUCAAUCUCAACAGUGAGGAGAUAGGCAGUGGUGCACUAGAGACCGUUGAUAAGACUUCUAAAGCCGCUAAGCGAAUUAGCUCCUCGUUUUGAUACCCUUCCCCUUCUCUCCCUGCCGUAAUUGUACCAUACCAAAAUACCCGCGUAUUUAGACGCCGAACAUGGACCAAAGAACGUACACCCAUUUGUAAAAAAAUUAUACUAAUACUUUUAACCUAAUGUCUUUUAAUUCAACUGUAGAAACCAUUAGCUUGCAAUAAAUAUCACAAUUUAAUGGGUAUCU